ACGAGGCAACGCAAGGCAAGAUGAUGAGAGACACAAGUGAUCUUCUUCCAGACUGCAAAUAAGUUGCCUAGGUCUCACAAGAUGUAGUGGUAGCCUUUGGGGUCUCAGAAGCCGUGAUGUGAUGGAUGCGUUUUGUUUUGUUGCCUCGGUCCACCCAACACUGAGCUCGCCUGCUAAUGACAAUUCCUCGCCGGCCGGCCGGCCGGCCGCCACUCCCUGGACGGCACGGCAGCUCGCCCGAUCUGGUCACGCCAGACGCCACACUGUCAUCACCGUCGUCGUCAUCGUCCCGCCAACGUUCUAUUUAUAGAUGGAAACCUAGCUAGGAGAGCAGCACUAGCAUUAGUAAGAGUGUAAGACAGAGUUCUUGAGGAGAGAGGGGCGGCGCUCACCGUUGAUCGGAUCGUCUCCAUGUCGGGCGACUGGGGCCCGGUGCUGAUCGCGACGGCCUUCUUCGUGGUGAUGCUGCCGGGGCUCAUCUGCGAGAUCCCCGGCGGCGGGGGGCGCGGCCGGCCCGAGUUCCACAGCAUGAAGACCAACGGCAUCGCCAUGUUCGUCCACACCGUCAUCUUCUUCGCCUUCUGCGCCAUCUUCAUGGUCGCCGUCGGCGUCCACGUCUACGCCGGCUAGCCCUCCGGCACCAUACAUUCUACCACAAGACCACCGGCUAGCUAUCGUGUGUGUUCCAUGUUUGAUUUUUUUCUCUCUUUUUUUAUCCAUACAUGCUCAGGAUUGUCUGUCAGCUCAUCAACCUGUGAUUUAUUGAAUGGUUGAUUUGAGCCGUACCCCCAAAAAAUACCAAAAAAAAAGUGCAAUUCGGUAUCAC